AUGAAUCAGCAGCCUGAUACUGCUCAUGAUUGCAUUGAUUUACUCAGGGGUAUGAUUGAAGAAUUGAAGCAAUUAAAAGAUGAUAAAUCAAAGCCAGAAAUAUUUUUCAAUCAAUACAACGUAAAUGUUCCAAACAUAUCUGAGUACAAGAUCAUUCCUUCAUUAAAUCACAUUUUAUUGACAGAACCAAUUAAAGAUGCAAAAAUUCGGAAUUUAUUUUGGUCAAUCUUAGUCCAUUAUUCAUCAAACUCCGACACUGAUGAUUACAGUAAAUGGAUUGAACUUUACAAAGUUUUUCUUAUUAAUCAAACAAGUUAUGACGAAUGGAUCGAUAGUUUAGCCCAGAAAGUAAAAGGCAAGAAAAGAUUUUGGUUCUGGUUUGGUGUUUUAUCAAAUUUACCAAUUUCCGAGCUAGUAAAAUAUCAUUACGCUCAAAAAAUCUCAAAACCCGAAGAUAUUACAAAAUGUAUUGGAUCAGAAUACAAAAUUGCAGUUGAAUUUAUUAUCAAUUGCAUUAGAGUUGAUAAUUCCGAUGUAGAAAAUAUUUUAUCCGAAAUUUUUUAUCCAAUAAUGAAAUUUACAACAAUUGGAAGCGAAAACCUCUCAAGCAUGCGAGCCAAAUUCCUUAACAACUCUAAAAAGAACGUAGAUAAAUUCAUUCAAAGCAUUCCUGAAGAAUCCAGAAAAAUUGUGUAUAAUUACUUUGUUAAAUCAGCCUACAACAGUCCCAAUCACGAAAAGAGGCUCCAACUCAGAAAGAUCACUCACUCAUUCUGCAGAAUUUUCGGUAUCCAAGUCACAUCAAAAUUAAUUUCGGAUACAUACUUAAUUAUACACGAUAACGAAGAACUGGCGUGUUUCAUAUUCGCCAACCUCUUCGAUUUCUUCAAACAAACGGAAUAUUCCAUAGAUUCAAUAAAUUUAACAGAAAAUUUACUGAAAAAUGUCAAUUUUGAGGUUUCUGCCAAUUCCCUGAUUUCCCAACUCGCUGUCACUUUCUCUCCGAUACUUUUAUCCAUAGACAAAAAAGAACUUUUGGAAUGGAGAGAUAAAUCGAAGAUAAAGAACGACAGAGUGAAGCCAAGCAAGGAAGUUGUGGAGCUAUGUAAUCAUACGAUGGAGAUUUACGAUGAUCCGUCCUCUUUCGACCUUUUUAUGAACGAAUAUUGCGAAUUAUUUAAUAAUUUCUUUUCUCCUUACAGAAUCAACCAGAACGUAAUUAAGAAUCGCUUCUGUAUUCAUAUAAGAGAACAACUUACUAAGUUGCCGGCAGAACAACUCAUAAAUCGUUGUCUUUCGUUUGUAAAUCUGAUUUUGUCGAAAGGAUUCCCUCAAAGCUCGCUGUCUAGGUUUAUUGAGACGUUAGUAUUCAUUCAGACUCGUUUGGCUGCCAAUGUUUCGUCGAAUAUGUUUUUCAUUUUCCAAAAUUUCUUUAAUCGGCUUACUGAUAUCAUCGAUGACAUGAAUUUCAUCAAUAACUUUAGGGUCACCUAUUUAUUGGUCUGUUCAACUCAGCCAUCCAGUAUUUCUGACGAUUGUAGAACGAAAUGGUGCGAAAUUGUCCGAAAAUCAUUGCAAUACGAUGAUCCACAGCCAAUAAGUCUCAUUGCUGCACAUCAUGCUCUCUAUACUUUCUACACACAUGCUAUAAAUGCAGAGUUACCAAUAAAUCUCUUAAAAGCUCUGGAAAAAAGAAUCCAAAAAAGUGACAAAAAUGAAAUUAUCGAAAGAAUCGGAAUUAUUCAUAGUUUACGGUCAUUGCUUUCUGACAAACCAGAGAUAAGGGACCAGCUAGGCGAUAUGAUCGAUAAAAUUGCCGAUAAUUUCGAUGAUUUAACUGUAUCUGCCUUAUCUUUCUUAAUUGCAGACGAAGUGUUCACUUUGAAGCAAGUUACAGACAAGACAAAGCAAAUAUGGAAACAUUUCCUGCAAAAACCUAUCACAAAUUCAAAGCCUUUGAGAUUUUUGACAAUGUUUCCGCCAAUUUACGACCAAAUCUCAAAGAUAUUCCCAGAAUUCUUCGAUAUGAUUAUCGAUAAGAUCAUAGAGUCAGUAAAUACCUUAGAAAACGAUGAAGACGAAGCAUUUUUAAGUCAAUUACUCGAUAUCGUUCACGAAGCAGCUCUUAAGUCCAGAAAUCCGAUACUCUUUACAAACUCACUCAAAAAGCUCUUACCGUGCAAGAAAGAAUUCAUAAAACGCUGCAUAAGCCGUAGUAUUCCGAAAUUCGCCUUGAGAUUGAACCAGGAGUACGGAAACGUCAGUCCUCCUGAAGGGGACCACGAAUCAGUCGCUGUAGUCAAAGAAGAAAGCGUUUUGUGCUUCAAAGCAAUAUCAAAAGAUGAAGUUCGAAUUUUCUCGAAAUCCAUGUACAACUCGGACUGUUAUGAUGUCAAAGCGCAUUAUUUCGAUCCAGAUAAGCAACAAGAGAAAUAUGAAGAAAAAUCUUGUAAUUUUGUAGAAGAAAAGCGGGAGAACUCCAACUUUAACGAGAACAUGCAAUCGUACAUCGACAUUUUGAACGGAUUUGAGUCCCCUCACUUGAAUUCUGAACCGAAACUGAACCAGGAAGAAUGGCCUUCAUCCAGGGAGUUCAUCAACAGCUUUGACUUCGCGUUCAUAUCACGGGAAGACGAAAAUGUCACUGAUUCCGAUAAUAAUGAGAAGAUUAUUUGCCAAAUCCCAACAGCUAUGUCAUUACUGUGUUCUUUGUACAAAGAUCUAGAAGACAUGCAUUAUUCUGGCACGCUCCACCUCGUCGAUCUCGCUGAAAAGAACACAAGAACAAUUUCACCGGGGGAAACGAUAAGAAUUGGCUUAGUUUACGUGGCAAAAAAUCAAACAGAUCAAAAUGACAUUUUACGGAAUAUUUGGACCGACGAUCUUGUUACUGAGCGGUUCAAGAGCUUCGUGAGGAGCCUAGGAAGCAUUGUUGACCUAUCAAAGCACAUUUAUUUCAACGGCAAAAUGGAUUCCAACACAUAUACGAACGGAAGGUAUCAUUGCUUCUACAGCAAUGAGUCCUACGAGGUUAUGUUCCAUACUGCCCCAUUAAUGCCAACAGAUUAUAAGGAAGCUCAGCAAAUUUACAAAAAACGUCACAUCGGUAACGAUAACAUCAAUGUUAUAUGGAGCGAAAAUGAACAGGACUACAAUCCAUUGACAAUUUCCUCCCAAUUUAACGAUGCUCACGUUAUAAUUUACCCAAUAAACGGAUCUGACGAUUUAUUCAGAGUUUCUAUCUACAGAAAGAAGAAGGAGCUCAGUUUCGGACCAGCUACAAGCGAUACAAUCAUUUCUAGCAAAUCUUUGCCGUUUUUAGUUAGAUGGACUGCAAUUUUUGCUGACAGAGAAGCGAGAAGAGGAUCAACAACAAUUGUUCCUGCUUUAGAAUUUAUUAAUUCUAUUAGAUACCUCGAAAACGCGAUGACUAACAAAACAGACAAACAAUCUAACAAUUAG